AAUCAAAUCAAUUAUUCAGUUUUCUUGGAACAAACUUCUUCUCUCUUCAUUCUAUUCUUCUCUGAUGCUCUAGCACUUAAAUAUUACUCUUAGACGAGCAAAAUAGUAUAAAAGAUGGAGAACUGAUUGAUAAUUUAGUUACUGUUCAUAUACCAUGCAGGAGAGUCAAGCAGAAUAUCUCUUCCUUCGCAAAUAUGCUCAAAGAUCCCCGCUGAUAAAACUAGCAAACAAGAAGAAUAUAAGGAAUCGGUCAAGCUCCUAUUCAGCCCCUGUAUCUGAAGGUCGCAGCAAGAGUGUCCAUUCCACGCAUUAUAGUUUCCCCCAAAGCCUGGUUGCCUAUAGGCAGUGCUUUAGUUCAGAUGAAGAUGAGGACUUUAAACCUCCAAGAAGUUUAAAGAAAGAAUCGUUUUUCCUCAAUGACAGAAAAAGUCUUGAUAAAAGUCUGAUUCACAGGGAUGUAAAAAGCCGGAGACCAUCUGGCAUAGAGUCGGAUAUGAGUUCAGCUGGUUCAACCGGAAGCAACAGCUCUGAAUGUCCUGAGUCUGAGACAGAUCAUGUGACUGAGGUGACAAUGAGAACUAUGGAAAAACUUGAAGAACUGUCCCUGGAGUUUAAUCAAGUCAACAGUGAACUGAGUAAAAUAGUUGCAGAGGAGCAUAAACUCUUGGAAGAUGCUGAUGACCAAAAAGAAAGGUUUGCUUGCAAUGUUCAACGCCUGGAAAAACUGAAUAAGGAGGCACAAUCAAACAUCAAACGUUCUUUUUAUGCCUACAAGGACUACCAGCGGGCUGUGGAAGAAAUUAACCAUGUCAUGGACAUGGAGGAAUCAAAGAUACUCUGUAAAUCCAUAGAGCUUGGGUUUGAGUUUAAGUGUUUAGAGGUUGAUCUAUAG